AGCAAAAAAAAACAUACCAGAUGACGAUCAUCAGUGAGGAGGACGAGGCGGACGUCUACACGUCGCAGCGAUCAGAACCCCCAGAGACACGGAUUUUCGAGACGAUGGGGUUUUACUGGAAACGGAUUAUGAAAACCCUACCUACAUUCACCACCCAAAUUGUGUUAAUCUUCUGUGUUCUGCCCAUCUCAUUCUCCAUCGCCAUCUUCCUCGCCACCGCGAUUCUCAAUUUUGGAGUCGCUUUUAUUGCACAAACCAUCUCCACACUGCUGAUUCUGCUCAUUCUGAUCCCAACACUUGCCGUCUGUAUCACAAGUGCCAUCGCCACCGCCUAUAUCCUUCAGCUCACUCAAUCGAUAUACCUUAGAUUAUCCCAGUCACCUCACUCUUCCCCAAAUACCUCAUAUCCCAGAAUCCAUUCACCUCCGCCAAUUUAUGCUCCGAAAUUUGAAGUUGAAGAGAAAUUGAAGACUUGUUAAUACCUAUAUGUAUUUAUUGUUGUUUCAAUAGAACUCCGAAUAGGUUUUCCACGUUGUACGUUGUACUUUCCCCUUAUAGCUACCGGUUUCAGAUUAUACAUUCCUUUAUUUAUAUACUCUUGUACCAUAAUUUAGUUAUAUUAAUGAUUUGUUGAUAACUUGAUAAAAUGAAAUAAAAUUGAAUACAUUUUUUACGAUCGUAUUCGGUAUGUAGAAGGCUGUUUAUUGUCAUCUAGUGUAAAAAUCC